AUUUAUGCCUAAACAAGUUUAAUAAGAAUAGGCAGGAGGGAAAUUUGUUUCAACAGGAGAUCCUGUUGAAGAUGAUAGAAAUUGGAUUGGAAGAGUUAAUAAUGAAUUAACAUGUACAGCUGCUUGGAAUAGAUAUUGGGGAUUUUUAGCAAGCAAUUCAGAAAAUCUUAAAUUAGAGGAUACUACUAAACCUUAUAAUAUAGAUGAAUAAAUUAAAAAUCUAUAAUAAGUAAUUCUAAAUAUUUAUAUCAAAAGGAAAUCCAAAAAAUUGAAGUUGAUCCUAAUAAAAUUACAAUAAAUAGAACUUAUGGUAAAGGAGAUGCUUUAGAAAAGUUUUAAACUGAUCAAUAUAAUAAAACAAGAAAUAAAGACCUUAAACCUUAAGAUAGAAAAAUUCCAAAGACUUGGAAAUAUCAAAAAGAUGGAAACCAAAACCUGAUCCUUAUGAUCCAAUCUAAAAUAUGUUCAAAAGUAAUAAAAAGAAAUGAAAUAAAUGUUCAAAUUUACAAUAAUUAUUUAUAAGUUCAUCAUUAUAAAUGCAAUUAUCGAAAUCAAUAUUCUGUUCUUUUAUUUAGUUUCAUAGAUAUUUAUUAUUUAUCAAUGAAAUGUCAUAGUAUAUAAGUUGUAUAUCAAAUUUCUUUAUUGUUUAUACAAGUAAAAAAAACAAGUGAGUUUUUUUUAUACUAUUUAAAUAUUAAUAAUUUCUAUUUUGGAGCAUAUUAGCAAAAAGUUAUUGCUAUAAAAAUAUAAAUAUAAAGAACCAUUAUUUUUAUGAUUUAAACUUUUUAAGAAACAAAGUAAUAGAAAAUUUAUGAAAAGUAUUUUAUUACUUAAAACAUUUUAUUGAAAUGUUUAAGUUGUUUUUAUUGA